UGACACACUUCUUCGUCAUCUCAACAUCAAAGCCCUAAAAAAUCAUAACCCAGGGUGCCCGAGCUUCUGUGGGUACGUUGUCUAAACUGAAGGACAAGCUCAGUGGACUGCUCGAAACGUAUGCUUUCUUUUCUCCCCUGGUUUCAAUUUGUAUUUUUCCCUUUAAGAUUUCAUAUUAGAGAAGCGAAUGACAAACAAAAAAAAAAAGGAAAAAGAUUUGCUUUUUAGUCUUAGAAAACUGGACAAAGUUGGUCCAAGAGACCAUUUUCCCCCAAACAAUCGACCUCUUGCACAUUGCACGAAUAAGCUUGCAGUAGGGUUUGCUAUUAGAAGUUACUGUGAUAAACAAGAUUCACUACUGACGCUGUUCGAUUGGAGUUUUUGAAGGACCAUAUUGGGAGAGAAACAUUGAGAGAGUAUCUGAACCAAUUAUGGGUUGUGUUCUUCCCCAGAUUCAACUUCUAAUGAGAUUAUUAAAGAUAUGGUCAACUCUCCCUGAUUAACAAAAAUAAGCUAAAUAGCCGGCAAUGACCAAGACAUUGACCAUAAAAAUAAUCAAGACUUCAAAUCUGCCGCCAUAUGAUAGGAGUAGUAGUUGUCCUCGAGCUGUUGUAAUCACAACAUCCCUUCUCCGUUCUCUUGUAUUCUUAUCCUGCUAAUUAUUCGCCAAACAUUUUUUCCUUCAAGUCCCAAUUUCUGUUUACAUAAGGAAACCAUGAUUCCUUCUGUGCUCAUCUCCGCGGCCAAGGGAAUCCUGAAUGGGUUGCUUCCCCUAGCAAUAAAUCAGAUUAACCUGGCAUGGGGUUUCAAGAAAGACCUCGAAAAACUCCACGAAAGGCUAGAAAUUAUUCAGGCUUUGCUAUAUGAUGCUGAGAACCAGAAAAUAAUCUCACAUACUAUGAUGGCGUGGCUAAAGAAACUCAAGGCUGCAAUCUGCUAUGCUGAGAAUGUGCUGGAUGAAUUGGCCUAUGAAGCUCUUCGAAGAAAGAUUGAGGUUCACGACCGGAAGAGGGACAAGGGGCGCCAUUUGUUCACCCACUCUGAUCCAUUGUCAUUCCAUUUCAAGAUGGCUAAUAAGGUCAAUAACAUCAAUAAACUGUUAGACAGAAUUUGUAAAGCAGCAAAUGAUGUUGGUCUUAGACCAGCUGAGCAACUCAAUGAUGUUAUUGUUGAACCUAGGGAGUGCAUGAUGAGUCAACCUUUUAUCGAUCAUACACAAGUUGUGGGUAGGGAUGGUGAUGUUUAGGUAGUGGUAGAUAUGUUACUUGGUUCUUAUGUAGAAGAUGAUUUACCUGUCGUUGCUGUUGUAGGAAUGCCUGGGCUAGGAAAGACAACUCUUGCUCAGGUAGUUUACAAAGAAGCAAAAGUCAUUAAGAAUUUAUGUGCGAGAAUGUGGAUUUGUGUAUCUGAUGAUUUCAAGGUGGAAAGGUUAUUGAAUGAUAUGGAGUAAUCUCUUACGGGAGAUAAGUCUGAGACUCAUAGCAUUGAAGGGGUAGUGAGAAAGCUUAGACAAAAACUGAAUGGGAAAAAAUACUUGCUUGUAUUAGAUGACGUUUGGAACACGAAGCCAGAUUUAUGGGUAGACCUGAGAAGUUCUUUGGCAGGAAUAGGUGGCUCUAAGGAAAGCAAAAUUUUUGUUACCACCCAUAGUAUGGAAGUUGUAUUAGCAAUGCGAACAUCCCCGUCAUGCACCCAUCAGUUGACGACACUAUCAGAAGCUGAUUGAUGGACAAUGUUUAGGAAAAGAGCAUUUUCCAAUAGAGAACCAAGAGAAACUCCAACUUUAUUGGAUAUUGGUUGAGGAAUGGUAGAAAAGUGUAAGGGUGUACCAUUAGCGAUAAACUCAUUAGGAGGUCUACUGUACUCGAAGCAGGAUGAACAAGAAUGGGAGUUCAUCAAGAAGAGUGAAAUAUGGAGUUCACUCGAAAAUGAAAAUGGUAUUCUACCAAUAUUGAGGCUUAGUUUCGACCAUUUACCUUCACCAUCUUUGAAACGAUCUUUUGCAUACUGUUCUAUUUUUUCAAAGGAUGAAGUCAUUAUCAAGGAUGAGUUGAUUCAACGUUGGAUGGGUCUAGGAUAUCUUCAACCUUAUUCAAGAUGUAAGGUGGAAAUGGAAGAGUUAGGCAAUGAGUAUUUUAAUACUUUAUUGCGCAAUUCGUUAUUCCAGGAAGUGGAAUAUGACGAGUACAACAAUAUCACAAGUUGCAAGAUGCAUGAUCUUGUACAUGAUCUUUCACUUCAUGUCUCACAGGGUAAUUGUUUGACUUUGGAAGCUAGUGAGGUGAAGAAUAAUCUCGAUGUUGAACAUCUGUCAUUACUUCUUAGAGAAGAAACACGGUUAGAUAUUUCGGAAGAAAACAUUGGAAAAUUGAGGUCACUAUUUUUAACGGGAGAUCUCCCCGAAACACCCAAUAUUUUCAAUGUAUUCGCGCUUUGUGUUUAGUAGACUCCAAGUUGCCAAGUUCAAUAUGCAAGUUCAUACAUUUAAGGUUUCUUGACAUCUCUAGCUCUUCUAUUACGAAAGUUCCAAAUUUUAUCACCAAGUUCUACAAUUUGGAAACACUAAAGCUACCAUGGUAUCUAGAAGAACUUCCAAACGAUAUCCACAACUUGGUUAGCUUGAGACAUUUAUAUCUUGGAUAUUCAUAUGGAUCUAGAAAGUUAAUGCCAAUGAAGAUAGGGCAGUUGACAUCAUUGCGAACAUUACCUGUCUUUGUGGUGGGCAAGAAGAGUGCCAUAGAAUGGAAGAGUUGGGUAACUUAACCAAGCUAAGAGGUAGGUUGGUGGUUCGGGAUCUACAAAAUGUGAAAGACAAGGAAGAAGCAAAGAAGGCUAAAAUGUUUCAAAAAUCUAAACCUCAAGAGUUGACAUUGUACUGGGAUGGAGACCUUAGAAACUCCAAUGAUAACCAUGAGGAUGUGUUGGAGGGACUCAAACCUCACCGGAAGGUUAAGGGAUUAAUACUUCGUUAUUUUGGAGGAAGAAGAUUAGCGUCAUGGAUGAGUACUACAGAUGCCCUUUUGCUUCUAAAUUUGGUGAAGAUUAACCAAGCUAACUUCAGAUUAUGUGAGCAAGUCCCUGUGCUUGGACACCUUCCGCAUCUUGCAAUGGUCAAAAUGGUUCGUUUGCAUAACUUGAAGCGUAUUGGUCCUGAGUUUUAUGGACCAGAUGAAGGCAUUAUUGAUAAUUGCAGUAGUAGUGGGGCAGCAGCAAGAGUAUUUCCAGCAUUGAGGGAAUUCCAACGUUUUGAUAUGCCUCAGCUAGAAGAAUGGUCAGACGUAUCAUCAUUACCUGUUGUUGGCACAAGAAUGCUGGAGUUCUUCCCCCAUCUUCAGAAGUUAGAUAUCUCAAAGUGCCCCAAGUUGAUAACCAUCCCAGCAUUCAACGGCUUGACAUCCCUUCAACAUCUUGAAAUUGAACGUUGCCCUGAGUUUUCAAGUUUGCCUAAGGAGCUGCUACAACCAACCCUUGUAGAUAUACGCCUAAAGUGGUGUCCAAAGUUAAAAACGCCCAAUCUAGAAGCAUUACGUGGCCUCACAUCCCUCAAGAACCUGACAGUUGAAGAAUGUCCAAUCUUAUGGAGUUAUUGGGAGGAGGGACUGGUUUGCACCACCAAUCUUCAAUCAUUGCAUAUAGGAGAAUUCACUGAGAAGUUAAGAUUUUUCCCCUGGCCCUCCCCAAGUGCUGCAUCAUCACCAUGGUGCCAUUUCACAUCCCUGAAGUAUCUAGUUUUAGUGGGAUGGGCAGAGGUCAGGUCUCUGCCUGAUCAACUUGAGCACCUCUCUGCCUUGACAAGUUUAAAACUUCAGCAUUUCAGUGGAUUGGAAUCUCUGCCGGAGUGGCUGGGUAACCUUUCAUCACUUCAAUCCUUGGAAGUACAUGAGUGUCCCCUUCUUGAGGAAAGAUGUGAAGAGGGAGGCGAAGAUUGGCACAAGAUUGCUCAUAUUGCAUCUAUUCAAAUAGUUAACUUAUUCUUCGAGUUCUUGUCUUUGCCUCUCUCUCUCUCUCUCUCUCAGGUGUCUAUGUUUCUCUUCUCCAUGUGCGUGCGUGAAAUAAUCAAUGGAAAAUGUUAUCUGACCUUUGUGAUUAUUGGGCUUUCAGAUUCAUGGGAUCGAUUUUACUGA